UUUUCCCUAAACCACCCCACUGCUCACAUCGCACUUUAGGGCUGGCCCAGGUUCCCCUGGCUCACCCCUGGAGGGUCAUAGGAGUGUAUACUUUCUAUUUCUCAUGCUUUGAGCAAAACCUUUAUUUUUGAGCGAAAAGGUUAGGUUGGUGUGUAGAGCUCAAAGGAACGUGAAGUAGCUUUCAGCUUCCCCAUACUUCUAGGUAUUGGAAUUAAAGCGUAUGUGUUAUGUGUUCAUAAGAACUCUGUACGUGUUGACUAGCCUAAGUUUAUAAUUUUCUAUUUUUAGAUGAUGGAUUUCGACGUGCUUCUAUGAAGAAAUGCCACGUGUCUCUACUGAUCCAGAACAAACAUGUCCAGACUACUGCCACCUUAGGGUUCUAGGGCUGGGUGACAGCUCUUCCCAGGGAAUCAGGCGUGGUCUGAUCCAGGAGCAGGAAGCACAUCAUCGCCAAUGACAUCAUGACAGCAAGAGAGCACAGCCCUCGCCAUAGCGCCAGGGCCCGUGCAAUGCAGCGGGCUUCCACCAUUGAUGUGGCAGCUGACAUGCUUGGCCUCUCUCUGGCAGGAAAUCUACAAGAUCCAGAUGAACCCAUUUUAGAAUUCAGCUUAGCUUGUAGUGAGCUGCAUACGCCAUCGCUAGAUCGGAAACCAAAUAGUUUUGUAGCAGUGAGUGUGACCACCCCUCCUCAGGCAUUCUGGACGAAGCACGCGCAGACGGAGAUCAUCGAGGGAACCAACAAUCCUAUAUUCUUAAGCAGUAUUGCCUUCUUCCAAGACUCCCUCAUCAAUCAGAUGACGCAAAUCAAGCUUUCCGUGUAUGACGUCAAAGACAGAUCUCAGGGAACAAUGUAUUUAUUGGGCUCUGGAACAUUUAUUGUCAAGGAUCUGCUGCAGGACAGGCAUCAUCGGUUGCAUUUAACACUAAGGUCUGCAGAGAGUGACCGCGUGGGUAACAUCACGGUUAUCGGCUGGCAGAUGGAGGAGAAGUCAGACCAACGGCCUCCAGUGACCCGGUCUCUGGACACCGUCAAUGGGAGGAUGGUCCUGCCCGUGGAUGAGAGUUUGACCGAAGCACUGGGAAUCCGAUCCAAAUAUGCUUCGCUGCGCAAAGACACAUUGCUGAAAUCGGUUUUCGGUGGUGCCAUCUGCCGCAUGUACCGGUUCCCCACCACCGAUGGCAACCACCUGCGGAUCCUGGAGCAGAUGGCAGAGAGCGUGCUCUCCCUGCACGUGCCCCGGCAGUUCGUGAAGCUACUGCUGGAAGAAGAUGCGGCCAGAGUGUGUGAGCUGGAGGAGCUGGGGGAGCUGUCUCCUUGCUGGGAGAGCCUCCGGCGCCAGAUUGUCACUCAGUACCAGACCAUCAUCCUCACGUACCAGGAGAACCUGACCGACCUGCAUCAGUACAAAGGUCCCUCGUUUAAAGCAAGCAGUUUGAAAGCAGAUAAAAAAUUGGAAUUUGUUCCCACAAAUUUGCACAUACAAAGGAUGAGAGUUCAAGACGAUGGAGGAUCAGAUCAGAGCUACGACAUCGUCACCAUUGGGGCGCCAGCUGCACACUGCCAAGGUUUUAAGUCAGGAGGCCUCCGCAAAAAGCUGCACAAAUUUGAAGAGACCAAGAAACAUACUUCAUCCAGCUGCCAGUCCAUUAUCUACAUACCACAGGACGUCAUCAGAGCCAAGGAGAUCAUUGCCCAGAUCAAUACCCUGAAAACCCAAGUGAGUUACUAUGCAGAGCGGCUCUCGAGGGCAGCCAAGGACAGGUCUGCCACUGGCCUCGAAAGGACACUCGCCAUCUUGGCAGACAAGACCCGGCAGUUGGUCACCGUCUGCGACUGUAAGCUGCUGGCCAACUCCAUCCACGGGCUGAAUGCGGCACGGCCCGACUACAUUGCCUCCAAGGCCUCCCCCACCUCGACUGAGGAGGAGCAGGUGAUGCUCAGGAAUGACCAAGACACCCUCAUGGCCAGAUGGACGGGCAGGAACAGCCGGUCAUCUUUGCAGGUGGACUGGCAUGAGGAGGAGUGGGAGAAAGUGUGGCUGAACGUUGACAAGAGCCUGGAGUGCAUCAUCCAGCGGGUAGACAAGCUGCUCCAGAAGGAGCGCCUGCAUGAGGGCUGUGAGGAUGUCUUCCCCUGCUCGGGCAGUGGCACCAGCAAGAAAGGUAACCUGAAUGGCCACGCCUACUGGAUCAGACCGGAGGACCCCUUCUGUGAUGCCCCUUCCUCAUCACACCCCACCAUCAUGCCCUCUGCUGCAUGCCAUCCUCACCUGACCACACAUUGCAGCCCCCCUCCUGAAGAAUCCAGCCCAGGUGAAUGGAGUGAAGCCCUUUACCCCCUGCUCACCACACUCACAGACUGUGUGGCCAUGAUGAGCGACAAGGCCAAGAAGGCGAUGGUCUUCCUGCUUAUGCAGGACAGCGCGCCCACCAUCGCCACCUACCUGAGCCUGCAGCACCGCCGCGACGUGGUCUUCUGCCAAACUGUAAGCCCCCCGCAUCUCCCUCACAGGAAAACAGGCCCAGGAAGCCUUUUCCUCCCUCUGCACUUCGGAAAAAUCACAGAUGGCAGAGUGUCCUGCCCCCUGCUUUUCCGUUUCCUUAACGUGGAGAUCUAGAAUUUGACACAGGGAGGAACCCACCCAGUUGUCUGCACUGAGGAGCAGGUCUGAUUCCACACUAGUUUCUCCCUGCAGAAUGGACACUGAGGGAAUGCACACCCUUGCUCCUCCUGCCCUGAGGACGUGGUGUCAUUGCCAGUGACUCAGGCCUUUUUUUUU